AACUCCAUCACCCAUCGGAGGACCCAUGUUGGAUGAUCCACAGUGACUCACAUUGGGCAGAGACCUGGUGGGUAAAGGCCUGUUGACCAAUGUUUCUGGUGACCCAUGUUCCUUGUAACCCACUGUGGUAGUGCUUUACCCCCCCCCCAGGCCUCGCUAUGAUCUGAAAAAUGCUCGUUAGGUCUCGACCUUGAUGAACAGUCCCUGGGCUGAGCUACUCUUGAGCUGCUCAGAAACACUGUCUGCUCAUAGGAACUGGUGCUGUCUAAUGAGCUCCUGCUUUUCUUAACCAGCCUUGGAAGCUUGUUUUUCUUGUCUGAAGAACAACCCAAGUGGAAUCAUAUUUUUGUUCUCCAACUUUGAGAGAAAGUCCCUAACCUGAACUGGGACCAGGAUGGACAAUUCCUGUGCCUUAAAGCCCCCUCUGCGUGGGCCCCAUAACCAGUGGUGCUGAUUGAGACCCUUUGAGCUCUCUGAGGCGACAGCAACCUCCCUUUGCUUGGGCCUCUCAGAGCCCCCAACUCCCCCAUUUGCUGCAUUCAGAGGAUCCUGACUGACAGCAGAUCCGGGGCUGAUCCCUCUCACUCCUUGAGGCUCAGCCGUUCUUCUGAGAAUGUGCAAUGGCAUCCCAAGGGAGGAUUUUCCUGAAUCCCAAGGGAAUUGUUCCCAGGUACCUUGUCCAGACUCCUUCUGUCUGUGUGAGUGUGAAUCUACCAUAACAAAUGUCCCGGGAACGCUGCUCUCCUGGAUUCUUCAGCACUUUGGAUUUGUAAGUCGGUCAGGCCUGCCCCCUGGAUUAAUGGAUUCCCUGCUCUUCCUCUCUGCCCGUCGGCUCGUCGCCCACCGCCCCCUUCCCACUGUCCCCGCCCAGCUCUAUCCCGUCCUCUUCCAAGCUGCGUUCCUGGAUGGGAGACCUCUAGUCCUGCAGGAUUUGGUGGCCCAGUGGCCAUUCCCAGUCCUCAACUUCGAGGGGAUCGUGGGGCGCCGGGAGCUGCUCCGGGAUCAUCCCUCCAAGCUCUGCAUCCAGUCCGUCAUCCUGGCCGUGGUGGACCAGCUCCGGCAGGAUCUGGAGGAAGCAGGCCAUGAUUCCAGCCGGUGCCGUCUCCGUGUGCUGGAUGUGACGGGACUCCGGGAUGAUGCUGCUGGCCGUGCUCCGGAAGGGAUGAGUGUCUGGUCUGGCACCGUGGCCCUGGCCAAGGCUUGUGUGGAGGUCUCCAAACACCAGCGGGAACUCCAGAAAUGCAGAUCCAGGAGCCACAAGGGCCGUUCCAGCGCUAUGGCAGCUCCGCGAUUCAUCGACAUCCACGCUGAUCUCUUCGUCAAUGGAACAUCCUAUGGAAUCCUGUGGGAUGCACUCCAGGCUGGGAACACCAGCCCACUGCGCCUCAAGUGCCGGGAGUUCCAAGCCGAGGAGCUCUGCCUGGCUGGAAUUGUGAGUCUGCUGAAAUCCUUGGAUCCCUCUGGCGUAAGGAGGGUGGACCUUCGCUUCAACAACCUUGGACUGGGGGGUCUCUCCUUGGUUUUGCCACAUCUCUCCCGAUUCCUGGGUCUCCGAAGCCUCCGACUUCCCUACAGCAAUGUCGACGUGCGGCGGCCAACGCCAGAGUCGGUGCUGGGAAUCCGAUGUCUGGCCAGGGAGCUGGGAAAGCUGCAGAGCCUCAGGGAGCUCAACCUGGGAUCCUCCAGGCUCUCCGGGAAUUUGAGGCACAUUCUCUGCAAACUCGAGGCUCCAUUGGAAAGCUUGGAACUGGCCUUCUGCUCCCUCCUUCCCGCUGACUUCGCUUUCCUCUCCCAAAGCUUCCAUGCUCCGGCCCUGAAAAGGCUGGAUCUGAGCGGCCAUGAUUUCUCCCAAACUCUUCUCCAACCCCUUCAGCAUCUCCUGGAGGAAACCUCGGCUUCCCUGCUCCACCUGGACCUCAUGGAAUGCCGGCUGACAGACUCACACCUGGAUGCCCUGCUGGUGUCACUCCGGCACUGCUCCUGCCUCCGUUCCCUCGGACUCUUUGGGAAUUCCUUCUCCACAGCAGGGCUCAAGGAUUUAUUAUGGAAAACUGUGGUCCUGCCAGAUCUCCGCCUGGUCGUGUAUCCUAUCCCUGUGGAUUGCUACAAGUCAGGGCUGGAUCCUGGCUGGAUUUUGGAGGAGCAGCUGGACAGGGAAUGUUUGGGAGCAGUGAGCGCAGAGCUGGGCCGGAUGCUGGAGAGCUUCGGAAGAGCUGACAUUGUCUGGACUUCCAACCCCUAUGGACACGAAGCCCUGGAUUACUUCUGCUUGUAGCUGGGGAAGAGCUUGGAGCCUUCAGCCUGGAGAAGUGCUGUGGCCUCAGUGCCUCCUUCCUCAAAGAAUUUGUGUGUAUUCCACCUCAUUUCAGUGUUUUUCACCCUAUCCCAGUGUUUUUCAACCUAAUUUUGGCGGUUUACCGCCUCAUCUCACUGUUUCUCUACCUCAUCCUGGUGUUUUCUGCCUCAUCCCAGUGUUUUUCCUCUAAACCCAUUGUCUUUCCACCUCAUCCUAGUGUUUUUCCACCUCGUUUUGGUGUUAUUCUGCUUUAUCCUGCUGCUUUUCCCCAUCACAGUGGUUUUUUCUGCCUUAUCCCUUCUCCUAGUGUCUUUCUCCUUCUCCUAGUGUUUUUCCACUUCAUCCUGGUGCUUCUCCACCUCAUUUUGGUGGUUUUCCACCUCAUUGUGGUCUUUUCCCACCUCAUCCUGGUGUUCUUCCACCUCAUCCAAGUGGGUUUUUGCCACGGCCCGAUGGAGAAAGGAAUAGGGACACAACACUGCACAGAGGGUUCUGACAAGAUGGAAGGUCAGGGUGCAAUGGCCACUUUAUUGAGGGGGAACAAGGACUUAUAUAGGGUUCGAGUGAGGGGAGGUCUGAUAACCAGGGCAGAGCAUGGGAUGGACAUCUCAGGGUAUUGCAGGAUUGGGGAAUGAGGGAAAGUGGGAGGAACUUAGGAGGAGUUAAGCAGCGGGGACCAAUGGGAGCUCACUCCACACUGCGGCACUUACCGGCCAGUCAGUGGGGAAUGAGUGGGAAAGCAGGGGAGAACAAGGUGGUAAACAACUUUUGAUGGGAAAACUUGUGGACAAGUACAGACAUGUUUGGGGCAAUACAAUCUAAGGGGAUUAAUACAGAGGUAUAUAUGUAAGGGUACAUAAAACAUGGGACGAACUGGGAAGUAACACAAAAGUCCAUAAUUUAUCGUCUUCUCUAAGCUCCAUAUAAGUCUCUCCAGGCUUGGAAUCGUUCCCACUCACUCUGAUGUUCCUCCACAGGUUUUGACCUCAUUUUGGUGUUUUUCCUGUUAUCCCAGUGGUUUUUUGCCUCAUCCCGAUGGUUUUCCACCUCAUUCCAGUGUUUUCCAGUAACUUUUGUUACCACCUUGUCACCAGCCGUAGCUGGGACAAACCUGAUGUCACUGGAAACCCCCCGAACUCUGCUGAUUAACACUGGAUAUUAAUUAAUUAAUAAUUAAUAAAUCAGCAUCACUUGGCUGGUGAUGAAAUUCCUGCCA